GCUCAUUUGAUGCAGCAUAUGCUGGAAUAUUUAUGUUUGCAGGUCUAACAGGUGCAGGAGUUAAAUGAGGACAUGACUGCUACUCUUUUGACCUCUUUCUUGCAUAGAGCUGCAUUUCCCUUUUUGCUGUCAGUAAUUGGUUCAUCUGCCCCACACGCUGCAGGCCCUCCUUUCUGCGUGACACAUGAAGAACAGAAAGGAAAACACAGACACACAGUUGACAGCUCACACACAGGCGCCCAAGGAUGACCCUCUCUUGCAUGUGCUUUUGUUUGUUCAUAUGGACGGCAGCGGCGUCACUGGCCACCUUCCGAGCUACGCCGUUUGUUCUCUACGCCAAAAUCAACGGCUCGGAAAGUAUGUCCUGUGAAUGUCCAGAUCACUCCUGCCAGGAGGUUUUUUGGUACCGAUACCUUGAGAGGACAAAGUCUCUUCAGUUCCUCUUGUAUUGUAACAGCGCUGGCAGAGAGAAACAUGGAGAAAACCUGACCACCACUCGCUUCAAGGGCUCGGUGUCCUCCGGACAGAGGGUGGUCUACAGCCUGCGUAUAACGGGACUACAGGAGGAUGAAAUCGGCUUCUAUUCCUGCAUGUUUAAAACGAAAAGUAUCAUGCCUGUUGGAUAUUACAUAAUGCCUGGAGUGAAUCCUCCGACAGUUAAGCCGCCAACAGUUAAGACCAAGACACCCAAGAAGACCUGCAACUGCAAACCCCCCAGCUCUCCUAAAGGCUGUGAACAAUCAGUGCUUUGGCCGGGCAUUGGUGCUCUUUUGCUUUUGGCCAUAACACUUGCUGGCACACUUUACUACUUCAGUCGUCUACCUAAGAAGUGUAGACAUCGAUUUACCAAGACGAAUCAGUUGCGAUGAGGUGGAAGAACACACUCUUCAUGUCGAAACAAAUGUGGUGGUCUUUUUUUCUAUCCAAACUGUGGACCUGUCGAAGUCUCCGAAAUUUUGCCAUGGUCUCACAAAAAUCAAAUACAUUGGGUUUUAGAAUGUGUGUAUAUAAAAACAAUGUCUUAAAUUUAUAGUUCAUUUUUUAAUCGGCCGUUAUUCAAUCAACAGUUCACUUACUGAAUUCAAUUCAUUGUCUGACUUGACUGAAUUAAACCAGAGCAGAACAUACCACCAGGAUCACCACAAAACUGAACUCACUCUAAUCUUGGACUAACCUCAGCUGUCUUAAUCGAGCUUUGAGUUUUGUUCUUGCCAGUACAGUAUGCUUCAUUUGUGACUGAAUGUACAGUUUUCCCAUUUUGAUGUUCUUUUAUCUCAUAUGCUGUUAUUUUAUGCUUUCACGUUAUUAACGUAUCACGUUAUUUUUCCUCAUUAAAUAGUUUUCUUAA